UUUUUCUAUUGAAUAAUAAAUAGAAAUGUGUAAUUUGUUCUAUACUAAUGUCUGCAAUUUUUUCUUCUGUAAAUUGUAAAAAAUAAAACAAAAACUUGAUUAAAUUUUUUUUAACGGAAAGGUUAUUGAAAAUGAGAAAUAAAUAAAAAAGACAGUUGCUCUAAACUGUAGGUUCUACUGUGAUUGGAGGGCAAGUAUUUGUAUCUAUAGAUGAAGAAUUAAAUUAUGAAAAUUAUUUUGUAUAAUAACAUUUGCAUUCAUUAAACAUUAUGCACUCUAGGAAACUAUUUCUGCUCUCAGCAUGCGCAUCCUUUAUUUGAUAGGACAAGUUGUGAAUUUUUUAUCUUGUAAAAAGAUCUAAGGAGAAUCUUGGGAAAGAACUUUGUUUUUCAUUUACCAGGUGAGAGAGGUGUGGAUCUUUAAGGCAAGGACGUUGGUUAGCUGCUUGUGCAGUGAAGGAUCAAAAUACUUCUGAAUCUGUACGAAAGCUCAAAUGAGCAGUUCGAGAGAACAGUCUCCAGAUUGGAUGCGAUCUUUCCAAGGUCAAGCGGGUUGCUCUGCGAGAUUAGUUCAAGUGUGUGUAAGCUGGCCCAGACACUUAUGAAAAAUGUGAAAAAAUACCCUUAAUCUUCAGAGGUAUUUUUAAAAAGGCACCAACUGGUGUUGCUCUAUCCUCUAAUUCUGGAUCUUCAAAGAAUGGUAGCUCAUCAAUGGACAAUGCAAUUGAUCAAAGGGAUCCGUCUUCACAUAAAACUACACAGGAUUUAGAUGGAGAUCAGAUUCAAGGGGAUUGUGGCAACCAUAAUUUGGCGAAGGAAGUGAAACUCGACAGACAUACAGGUCAUGAAAACUCAAAGCACUCUGUUUGGAUGUUAUCAUUGGAUUCAGAGUCAUGUUCAGAUAAUAAUUUUAUUAAGGAGGAUUACAGUUAUCAUGAAGAAUUAGCUGAACUUGCAACAUCUGAGAUCCAAGGGAGAAGGAAGGAUGAAAAUGCAGGUCGCAGAUUCACGGAGGGAAAAUCUAAAUCAAGGAAAGUAUCAAAUGAAAUGUCUCCCAAAAAAAAGGUCAAAUCCGAAGUUUGCACUUCAGCAAAAGAGAAUAUAAUGAAUUCUGGUACAAAUAAAGGUGGUUCUACGAUGGAAGGAUCUGAAGGCCAUGUAAGAAAUGGUGAUGUGGAAAUUUUAGAGAAGGAUGCAUUGGAUGAUUGCAUCGGACCUCCUGUUUCCUCCUCAAGGUUGCCAUUGGUGUUGUCUGACAAAGCCCAUAGGUUGAAGGCGCUUGUUGAGUGUGAAGGAACUUCAAUAGAUUUGAGCGGUGACAUGGGUGCUGUAGGACGUGUUGUUGUUUCAGAUUCCUCAUCUGCAAAAAAUGAACUUUGCCUAGAUCUGAAAGGCACACUUUACAGAGCGGUAAUAGUUCCUUCAAGGACAUUUUGCAUCGUUAGCUUUGGUCAGUCAGAGGCUAAGAUAGAAUCUAUCAUGAACGAUUUCAUUCAGUUGAAGGCACUGUCCAAAGUUGAUGAGGCUGAAACUAUGGUUGAAGGCACAUUAGAUGGAUUCUCGUUUGAUUCUGAAGACGACGCUGAGAAAAUAACUAAAGCUGCUUCUCCAGCUGACCAAAAUGAGCCGGUAGAAGGGCUCAACACAAAAUCCAAAAACAAAGCCGAGAAAUCAUCAGGGCGGAAGCGUGUUAAAACUGGAGGAAGGCUGCAGGCUCCGAAGAAAACAAGGAAGAAAGUUCAAGGUUCUAAAACUAAAAAUGCAAAAAGCAAGAAAUGAAGUUCGAAAUCUUUGUUUGCCCUGAAAAGGGAAAGUCCUUUUGUCUGAAUGUAAGAGGCAAAUGGGGGCUUUAGCCAACCUGCUUGAAACAACAUUUUCUUUCUCCGGUUCACCUCUCUGACUAGAAGUUUAGAGCCUUUUUUAUAAAGUUUUUUUUCUUUUCUAUUUCAUAUUCUUUCUUUCUAGUUCUUAGUUUCUUAUGUUUUAAAAACAAUAAAUAGACCAUAUUUGAUGACUAUUAUCAUUUUAUGUUUCUUGAAAAAACCAAACAGAACCACAAAUGCGUUUGAUAAUCAUUUGUUGUUUCUCGUUA